AUGAUAUCAUCAACUCCAUCCGUUAAUAUUCAAACCCCAUCUUUCACAAAUUUACCCGCAGCUCAAAUAUCUCAAAUAUCUCAAUCAUCAUUUGCUUCAACAUCAUCUUUCGUAAAUAUUACAACUGAUACAUUUUCUCAUAUAUCAACGACUCAAUCAGAUUUCAUUUUUGAUAAAAGUGAAGUUUCAAAAACUUGCUUAGAAAUUAAAUUGGUCGAACCAGUUAUAUUUUUUAGCAAACCUGAAGAAUCUGUAGGAUGUAUUUUAAGAGAACGAAAAAAAUUUAAAAAUGAAAUUAUUUCUCAUAAAUGGAAAUUUAUAAUUCCACCAGAAGAAAAAGAUUCAAAACGUUCAAAAUUUCUAAUUAAUCCAUUUAGAAAAAGUAAAACUUCAACAAAAUUACCUUCUGGUAUUCAUACUUUUGCUUUCGAAAAAUUCUUACCAGGCAACCUACCAGAAACGAUAAAUACCAAUUUAGGAAACGUAUCUUAUACUUUAUACGCAAAAGCUUCAAGAUCAAAAUUUUUACCAAAAUUACGUUUAAAUCAACCUAUUGAAAUUUUACGUACUAUACCUGAUCAUAUAAAUUCUCAAGGUAUUGCUGUUGCUAGAGAAUUUAAUGAUAUGUUAUCUUACGAAAUUUCUAUUCCAAAAAAAGCUUAUCCAUUAGGUCAAUCAAUUCCUAUCGAUAUGAAAAUUUGUCCUUAUAUAAAAAAACUUAUAGUAAAAGGUGUAAAAGUUGAUUUAGUUGAAAAAACUACUUGUACUUCUCCUUCAAAACCAAAAAUUACUGAUAUUAGAAUUGGUUCAACUCAAUUAUUAAAUAAUUUUGGUGAAAAUCGUUUAAUUGAUGAUCAUGAAGAAGGUGAUGUUGGAAAUAUUACUUAUCAUCAAACUAUGAAUUUAAAUUUACCAAAAUGUGAUGCUCCACUUCAUUAUUCUUGUAAUACUCCAUUAAUUACUAUAGCUCAUGAUUUAAAAUUCGCUUUUAAUUUAUCACUUCCUCAAGAUCCUCCAAAAAAAGCUGAACUUAAAAUUAGUUUACCAAUAACUAUAUUAUCUUGUAGAGCUGUAGAUGAUUAUGUAGUUUUACCUAGUUAUGAAGAUGAUAGUUAUUAUUGUCCUUGUGAUCCUGAAUAUUUAAGAAUGGCAAGAUUAGUACUUGGUGAAAAUAAUGUUGGAAGUAGAAUGGAAAAUUAUUGUAAUUUUAGUAAACAUAAUCAUAGUUGUCAAUUUUUAAAUAUAAUACCUGGAAUAAGAAGUAAUUUUAGAGAUCCUCCUACUUAUGAAGCUUCUAUUACUGAAAGUUUUGAUUCAAGAGGUAAUACUAUGUAUUAA